AAACGGAGGGUUUAACAUUUGCAUUGCUGGCGGGCCCCAUGGGCCAAGCGGCAAGUAUGUGUCGAUUUCGUGGUUGUCGUUACAAAAACAAAAACAAGAAUCACAAGCAACAACAGCAACAACAAACACCCACGCACAGUCCGCAACAGCAGCAACCAUUGCAAUUGGACCAGCAGCAGCAGCAGCAGCAGCAUGCCGCAUUAAAUAUUCAGCUGACAAUCGAUAAUUGUUUCUUUGUCUUCUUUGCAGGCCUUCAGCUGCGCAGCAUUGAGGAGCCAGCGACGACGCCGCUGCAGCUAGCGGGCAGAAUGACCGCGGAGCAGGGGGGCACAGGGUACGGGCUGGGUGAGCAUAGUCUGCUCAUUGCCACACGCACCGGUGUCCCCCUGCCGCUCUCACAGCACCAACCACUACCCGCCCACUAUCAGUACAGCAGCAACGGCAACGGCAACAACAGCAGCAACACCAGCAAUAACAACAGCAACAUCAAUGGCGGCGGCGGCGGCAGCAAUCAUUGCCACAACGCUGGCUAUGUUGCAAGCACUGCUGCCGCCUACCAGCAGCAUCAACAGCAGUUUCAGCAGCAGCAGCAGCCAACACAUGGAGUGCAGCAGCAGCAGCAGCAGCAGCAGCAGCUUUAUUAUCAUCAGAGCUCGUCGCCACAGCAUAGCCGACCCUAUGAUCCGGAGCAUGCGCGCAUGGAGGCGUGGCUGGAUGAGAAUCAGGAGUUUGUACAGGAUUAUUUUAUAAGAAAGGCGACGCGGCAAACUGUGGACGCCUGGCUGGUGUCGCAUGCCACAUCCGCUGGCAACGACGUUGUCAGCAGCAAUUCGCCUACACAUCCCAAUGGCCAGACGAGCAGCUCACGUGGCGGCUCAGGUGCCACCACACCAGUGCGCAAAAUCUCAGCGCACGAGUUCGAGCGCGGCGGCUUGCUCAAGCCCAUUGUCAACACUAUCGAUGGCACGCCCACCUUCCUGAGCAUCGGCCCACAGCUGGACAACUCGAGCGGCAGCUGCAGCAAUCUGCAGAGCGCUGUCUGCACCACAGCCGGUCCCUAUCAGCCGCAGCAUCAUCAUCAUCACCAUCACCAUCAUCAGCAUUAUCAGCACAGUCAUUAUCAGGCGGGCGGCGCCGUUGGCAGCAGCAGCUGCUGCAGCACAGGCAACGCGCCUGCCAGUGGCGCCACCAACUCGGCGAACACCCAUAGCCAUGCGUAUCCCUAUGCCUAUCAUGGACACCUGCGACCGCAGCGUCUGUCCCGCAUUGAGCUCAAGCAGCUCGACGAGAAGGAGCUGAUAUUCGAACUGGUAAAGGACAUUUGCAAUGAACUGGAAGUUCGCACGCUGUGUCACAAAAUAUUGCAGAAUGUUUCGAUUCUAUUGAAUGCGGAUCGUGGCUCUUUGUUUCUAGUGCAGGGUCGCUGCAAUGGCGCCGAUGGACUUAAGAAAUGCCUGGUGUCGAAGCUGUUCGAUGUCUGCCCACGCAGCACUGUGGAGGAAAUGGAACAGCAGGAGGAAGUGCGCGUUGCAUGGGGCACGGGCAUAGCCGGUCACGUGGCCGAGAGCGGCGAGCCUGUCAACAUACCAGACGCAUACCAGGAUCAGCGCUUCAACUGCGAAAUUGAUUCACAAACGGGCUAUCGCACCAAGGCGCUGCUCUGCAUGCCCAUCAAGGAUGCUGGGGGCGAUGUGAUUGGUGUUGCGCAAGUAAUUAACAAAAUGAAUGGCGAGUGCUUCUCGGAAAUCGACGAAAAGGUCUUUGCCUCCUAUUUGCAGUUCUGCGGCAUUGGCUUGCGUAAUGCGCAAUUGUUUGAGAAAUCUCAGCUAGAAAUCAAGCGCAAUCAGGUGCUGCUGGAUUUGGCACGCAUGAUCUUUGAGGAGCAGAGCACCAUUGAGCACAUGGUCUUUCGCAUCCUGACGCACAUGCAGAGUCUCAUUCAAUGCCAGCGCGUGCAGAUUCUGCUGGUCCAUGAGGCGGACAAGGGCAGUUUCUCGCGCGUGUUUGACUUCGAGGCGAACGACUUGAGUGCCGAGGAGGCCAACUCACGCACCAGUCCGUAUGAGUCGCGUUUUCCCAUUAACAUUGGCAUUACCGGCCAUGUGGCCACCACUGGCGAAACGGUCAAUGUGCCCAAUGCCUAUGAGGACGAUCGCUUCGAUGCCAGCGUGGAUGAGAGCCUCAGCUUCAAGCAUCGCUCCAUACUCUGCAUGGCCAUCAAGAAUUCGCUGGGUCAGAUCAUUGGCGUCAUACAGCUGAUCAACAAGUUCAACGAGCUGGACUUUACCAAAAACGACGAGAACUUUGUCGAGGCGUUCGCCAUUUUCUGCGGCAUGGGCAUACACAACACCCACAUGUAUGAGAAGGCAAUUGUGGCCAUGGCCAAGCAGAGCGUUACUUUGGAGGUGCUCAGCUACCAUGCAUCCGCCACCAUGGAUGAAGCCCAUCGCCUGCGCCGCCUACGCGUGCCCUCUGCUGUGCACUUUCGUCUGCACGACUUUAAAUUCGAUGAUAUACACUUUGAAGACGAUGAUACACUUAAGGCCUGUUUGCGCAUGUUUUUGGAUCUCGAUUUUGUGGAGCGUUUUCAUAUCGAUUAUGAAGUCCUUUGUCGUUGGCUGCUCAGCGUCAAGAAGAAUUAUCGCAAUGUUACCUAUCACAACUGGCGACAUGCCUUCAAUGUGGCCCAAAUGAUGUUUGCCAUACUCACUACCACACAAUGGUGGAAGAUCUUUGGCGAAAUUGAGUGUCUGGCAUUGAUCAUUGGCUGUCUGUGUCACGAUCUCGACCAUCGGGGGACUAACAACUCUUUUCAGAUUAAAGCUUCCUCGCCGCUGGCGCAGCUGUACUCCACUUCAACCAUGGAGCAUCAUCACUUCGAUCAGUGUCUAAUGAUCUUGAACAGUCCGGGCAAUCAAAUUCUAGCCAAUCUGUCUUCAGAUGAUUAUUGUCGCGUCAUACGUGUCCUAGAGGAUGCCAUACUAUCCACUGAUCUAGCUGUUUACUUCAAGAAGCGUGGUCCGUUCUUGGAGAGCGUGCAGCAGCCAGCAAGCCAUUGGGUUAACGAGGAGCCGCGAGCCUUGCUGCGUGCCAUGAGCAUGACUGUCUGUGAUUUAUCGGCCAUAACCAAGCCGUGGGAGAUUGAGAAGCGCGUCGCUGAUCUGGUUAGCUCCGAGUUCUUUGAGCAAGGCGACAUGGAGAAGCAAGAGCUCAACAUAACGCCAAUUGAUAUCAUGAAUCGCGAAAAGGAAGAUGAGCUGCCAAUGAUGCAGGUGAACUUUAUCGAUUCCAUAUGUUUGCCCAUCUAUGAGGCCUUUGCUACACUCUCGGACAAGCUGGAGCCGCUGGUUGAGGGCGUGCGUGAUAAUCGCGGCCACUGGAUUGAGCUGGCCGAAGAUGUUAAAACUAGUCAGGAGGACGAGCAGCAGCAGCAGCAGCAGCAGCAGCAAAUUGUGAUAGCUAACGGCAACAGUAAGCAGCAGUCCACAAGUGAAACUGAAACUGAAACGGAGCCGACUGAUGAUGAUGAGGCAGUGGCAGUGGCCGUGGCCGUGGAAGCAAUUGUAAAUGGCAUAAAUGUUGUCCCAUCAAGUGCAACAAGAACUAACAACAUUGCCAUCGCUUCUCGUCCCAGCAGCAAUCAGCAGCAGCAGCCCAAUAGUGAUGAUGCGGACGUUGUGGCCCAUACGGCGAACGGACGCAGUCGACGCAACAGCAUCUCAUCCUCUGCCAGUUCGUCCACCGUUUCGAGUCGCCUCUCCACGCCGCCGCCAACGGGCGAAGACGACAGCACGCCCGUUUCGCCAUCGAAGACACUGCAGGCGCAGCUGGUGGCGGCCAAUCUGAAUGCCCUGACACAGGGCAAAGUCUUGUUGCAAAAGCAGCAGCACCAGCAGCAGCAGCAGCAGCAGCCACGUUGCAAGCACUGCGAUGCCACACGCGGCUGUCUGCAUGUGCGCAAGACGAGCUCGCUGAGGGGCGUGCAGGAGUUCAAUGGUAUUGGCAGUGCCAGCAUUGGCGGCAGCGGUCUCAUCCAACUUCACAUGCCGCUGAUCAGCAGCAGCAGCAGCACGGAAAGUGAUAAAAUACCAAAAAUUGUGGGUAAACUGGCUAACCUCGAUGGCGUUCUACCCUAUAGCAAUGGUCAUAGCCUGGCCUAUACCAACUAUCCACAACACAAGCCGUUGACACGUCGCCACUCGGGCCCCAACAGCAAUGGCUCGUCGUUAGCGUUGCAAAAGUAAAUUUAAAUCAGAAAACUGUAUAUAGGCUUUAGGCCAACUAUUCUCCAAUUGUAAGUGGCCAAUGCCAUUUAACUGUAGUGUAUAUAGAUUGAUUUGAGCAACAGUAUCGCGCAGUCCAGUUUAAACUAAUUGUGGGCACUCGGUUAGCAAAGAUUCCUAUAAACUAAUGCAUAACUAUAUCGACUAAACAUUUAGCAGACUCUCGUAUGCUGUGUAUUCUUAACUUCAAUUUAGUUUAGUUCAAAAGCAAAGAAGUCAAAUUCUCUAGAUGUUUAGCAUUAAAUGUACCAAAAAAAAAAAAAAAA